AUGAAUUCUUCUCAUGAGGACAUUUCGGACCAAGUUCCGACCGAAAACGGUCAGCAGCAGCCUACAAAUGGUGCCAGGAACCCUCCUCCAUCGUUUCCUCAGCAGCCAUUCAUACGUCCACCAGUUCUCCAGCAAGUCCCUCCAUCUCGUGCCGAUCCGUACAUGCAGUACCUACAGCAGCAGCAGCAAGGUUAUGUUUCGGAGCUGUUAAGGCAGCAGCAGGAGAUGAUGAGGCAACAACAGGAGGCAAUGAAACAGCAGCAACUUGCCUUCAUCCAGCAGCAGGAACAACUUAUGCGGAGCAUGAUGUCGUCCAUUCAGGUCCAAGUUCCUCCGAAUCCUGAAGCGCUACUAGACUCUUUAGCAAACAAUAUAAAAGAGUUCCGGUACGAUUUGGAUGGCCAGAUAACAUUCGCCGCCUGGUAUCGGCGAUACGAGGACUUGUUUGAAAAAGAUGCUAGCAGGCUGGAACCAGCAGCUAAAGUUCGUCUGCUAAUAAGGAAAUUGGGAAUCGCGGAACAUGACAGGUAUGUGAGUUUCAUUUUACCGAAAACGCCGAAAGACUUUACGUUUGUGGAAACAGUUGGGAAACUCACUACCUUGUUCGGAUCACCAGAGUCGGUCAUCAGCCGCAGAUACCGCUGCCUGCAGAUCUCCAAACAGUCUUGCGAAGACUAUGUGACGUAUGCCUGCCGACUAAACAAGUUAUGUGUUGAGUUCGAACUGUCUAAGCUAAGCGAAGAACAGUUCAAAUGUUUAGUUUUUGUGUGUGGGCUAAAGUCGGAGAAAGAUUCGGAAAUCAGAACACGUUUGCUGACGAAAAUAGAAGAGCGGAAUGACGUUACUCUAGAACAAAUUUCCGAAGAAUGUCAGCGCCUUCUGAAUCUGCGUCACGAUGCUGCUAUGAUCGAAGCUCCGGCAGCAUCCGUGAAAGUUUUGCGAUCCGGUAAACAACGAGCAAGAACGGUGAACAAAAAUCCAACCAAAUCGUUCCCGAAAAGUGCAUGUUGGCUCUGUGGGGGGAUGCACUAUGCUCGUGAUUGUGUCCAUAAGAACCAAAAGUGCAAUGAUUGUGGGAAGUGGGGGCACAAACCUGGAUUCUGCCAGAGCGCAGCGAAAAUGCGAAGUGGGAGAUUCGAGCAGCGGAAGGGCAGUGUUGCAGCAAAAGUGGUUACAGUGAACACUUGUAGUGUAAAAGAAAGACGAAAAUAUGUGAAAGUUGAUCUGAACGGAACAGUUGUGCGACUUCAAGUCGACACCGGGUCGGAUAUCAGUAUAAUAUCCAGUGAUACGUGGUGUAAAAUUGGAAAACCCGGACUUUGUUCGUCGACUGUUGUCGCCAAAACCGCAACCGGAAAGCCAUUGGACAUUUGUGGCGAGUUUGAGUGCACAUUAGUGAUUAACGGCAAAAGCUUGCCUGGACUACUACGAGUGACAAGUGAAAACCUCCAUCUAUUGGGAACGGAUGUCAUCGAAGUGUUUGGGUUGUGGUCGGUUCCUUUGGAUACCGUCUGUGGCCAAGUUACCAGCAGUAUAUCGACCUUAGAAGGAUUGAAGAGCGAGUUUCCGACGGUGUUCACAGAGCAACUGGGGCUUUGUAAGAAAGUGCAAGUGAAACUGGAGCUAAAAGCCGGCAAGUCACCUGUGUUCCGGCCGAAGCGGCCAGUGGCGUAUGCGGUACACGAAGCGGUGAACGACGAAUUGGAUCGUCUCGAACGGGAGAAAAUCAUCACACCUGUCGACUUCUCGGAUUGGGCAGCCCCAAUCGUCGUUGUCCGGAAAGCCAAUGGAUCGGUUAGGAUUUGUGGUGACUAUUCAACAGGGUUGAAUGAUGCAUUGCAGCCCCACCAGUACCCUCUCCCGUUGCCCCAAGACAUCUUUGCGAGUCUGGCAAAUUGUACAGUGUUUAGCCAGAUCGAUUUGAGCGAUGCGUUCCUCCAGGUUGAAGUGGAGGAUGGUUGA